AUGUCAGCUAUUAGAUUAUUUUACUUUCUUACUCAUCAUUAUAUAAUUGGCAUUAUUUUUGUCAUUGACAUUUACCCUGAAGACAUUCCUGGCGUUCCCAUCAUUUGUCCUGGAGGCAUCCCUGGCAUUUGUCCUGGAGGCAUUCCUGGCAUUCCCAUCAUCUGUCCUGGAGGCAUUCCUGACAUUCCAGGCAUUUGUCCUGGAGGAAUUCCUGGCAUUCCCAUCAUCUGUCCUGGAGGCAUUCCUGACAUUCCAGGCAUUUGUCCUGGAGGCAUUCCUGGCAUUCCCAUCAUCUGUCCUGGAGGCAUUCCUGGCAUUCCCAUCAUCUGUCCUGGAGGCAUUCCUGGCAUCCCUGGCAUUUGUCCUGAAGGCAUUCCUGGCAUCCCUGGCAUUUGUCCUGAAGGCAUUCCUGGCAUUUGUCCUGAAGGCAUUCCUGGCAUUUGUCCUGCAGGCAUUCCUGGCAUUUGUCCUCCAGGCAUCCCUGGCAUUUGUCCUGAAGGCAUUCCUGGCAUGCCUGGCAUUUGUCCUGCAGGCAUCCCUGGCAUCUGUCCUGAAGGCAUUCCUGGCAUGCCUGGCAUUUGUCCUGCAGGCAUCCCUGGCAUCUGUCCUGAAGGCAUUCCUGGUAUACCUGGCAUUUGUCCUGCAGGCAUCCCUGGCAUCUGUCCUGAAGGCAUUCCUGGCAUGCCUGGCAUUUGUCCUGCAGGCAUCCCUGGCAUCUGUCCUGAAGGCAUUCCUGGCAUGCCUGGAAUUUGUCCUGCAGGCAUCCCUGGCAUCUGUCCUGAAGGCAUCCCUGCCAUUCCCGGCAUUUGUCCUGAAGGCAUCCCUGCCAUACCUGGCGAUUGUGUUACUGUCAUCGUAGUAGAAGUAGUUGUAUUGGAUAUCCUUGGCAAUUCCGUUGAUAUACUGAUGCAAUUGUAAUUCAGUUGCCAUAAUUUAUGUUUAGUAGCUAUUUCGGUCCGAAGACAAGCAGUGAUUGAUCUAAAAAAAACAUAAAUAAUACUUGGAUAUUAGUAAUAAUCAUCGGAUAUAAUCAUCGAGAAGAAUAUUUUUUACCUGGGAAAUUGAUUCAAUUCUAAAAUAUUUGCACAAACACUUGAAAAGAAACUGCCAGCAAGAACAGGUGUAAGAUGUAGGACAAGUGCAUGAUCUUCCAUUUAACGAAUUGGUUUUGAAAAUCAAAAAUGCUUUCGACGUGGGAAAUCCUAUGGUGUAUUUGUUAAUAUAAAUAUAUACUAGAGCUGCGUUCUUUGUGUAUGUAUGUAUAAUAAAAAAAAAAAAGCAGAGAGAAAAAAAAAUUAAAAGAAAGAAAGGAACAAUUUGAAUCAACUAACUUUGCUUCUUAUUUAUAUUAAAUUCUGAAAAAAUGCACAGUAGUAAGAGGAACGUUUUGCACAGACGUAAAUUCAUUUCUUCGCACGAUUAGCUAAUACCACAAAUAAAAAUAAUAUACAGUUCAGUUAAUAAUGCCGAUGUUUUCACACUUUGAACUAUCUAAGUAUAAUAAAAUGAAUGACGCUUUCUGGUCCGAUGUCUAUGCGAUACCUUUUCUACCGGAAAUAAUAAUCACUAUGAUGACCGAUAUAAAAGUUCAUUGAAUUUUAACGGAAAUCAGCGUUAUUUGUCACAAUUGUUUGACUCGACACUUUAUAUCGCGAUUGUUCAAUUGAAAAUCAUAUUUCUUUGCUUUGUAAAAUAAUUUUCGGUACUACAAUCAAAAAAAAAAAAAAAAGGAAAAGAGAGAAAAAAAG